AGGGGGCGGGGCUCAACGAGGAACAUCUCCAACGGCUUGCAUGUUGUUUUUCAUGAGUUGUCGUGUGUCUCUGUCAGUCAUACGGCUAGCCCUACCCCGCAAUCCGACUCUAGUAGCGAAGCCCGUGUCUCUUCGAGCAAGCAGAGUCCUAGUCCGUUUUAAUUCGCUCUCCAGCGUAUCGACAUUAUUCAGCAUGCCCGAGCGGAGGCCCUUCGUGCGGUUGCCCACUGACGUCUACCCCGUCAACUACGGGCUGCGCCUCAAGCCCGACCUCAUCGACUUCACCUUCGAGGGCAAACUGGAGGCAGCCGUGGAGGUUACACAAGGGACAAACCAGAUUGUGAUGAACUGUGCUGAUAUAGACAUAAUUACUGCUUCUUUUGUGCCUGAAGGGGGGGAAGAAAUUAACGCGACGGGGUUUAACUAUCAGAACGAGGAUGAGAAGGUGACCCUAUGUUUCCCCAGCAUUCUGCAAAAAGGGUCGGGAUCAUUGAAAAUAGACUUUGUUGGAGAGCUGAACGACAAAAUGAAAGGCUUUUACAGGAGUAAAUACACGACUCCUUCGGGAGAGAACCGCUAUGCUGCCGUCACACAGUUUGAGGCCACGGACGCACGUCGAGCUUUCCCUUGCUGGGACGAACCCGCUAUCAAAGCCACUUUUGACAUCACCCUUAUCAUCCCAAAGGACAGAAUAGCCUUGUCAAAUAUGAAUGUCAUUGAUCGAAAGCCAUAUCCAGAGGAUCAGAGUCUGGUGGAGGUGAAGUUUGCCACUACACCCAUCAUGUCCACCUAUCUGGUGGCGUUUGUCAUUGGCGAGUAUGACUUUGUGGAGAGUCAGUCAUCAGACGGUGUGACGGUCCGAGUGUACACACCUGUCGGAAAGGCAGAGCAAGGGAAAUUUGCACUGGAGGUUGCCACAAAGACCCUUCCGUUCUAUAAAGAUUAUUUCAGUGUUCCUUAUCCAUUGCCUAAAAUUGAUCUAAUUGCUAUUGCCGAUUUUGCUGCUGGUGCCAUGGAAAACUGGGGCCUUGUUACUUACAGGGAGACGGCCCUGCUGAUUGACCCAAAGAACUCGUGUGCGUCGUCCCGCCAGUGGGUCGCUCUGGUGGUCGGCCACGAGCUGGCACAUCAGUGGUUUGGGAACCUGGUGACCAUGGAAUGGUGGACUCAUUUGUGGCUUAACGAAGGUUUCGCGUCCUGGAUCGAGUAUCUUUGUGUGGACCACUGUUUCCCUGAAUACGACAUCUGGACCCAGUUUGUAUCUGCGGACUACACUAGAGCUCUGGACCUGGAUGCGUUAGAUAACAGCCACCCUAUCGAGGUUGAUGUCGGACACCCUUCAGAAGUGGAUGAAAUAUUCGAUGCCAUAUCCUACAGCAAAGGGGCCUCUGUCAUCCGCAUGCUGCAUAACUACAUCGGCGAUGAGGAUUUUAGAAAGGGAAUGAAUGCUUACCUUUUGAAAUUUCAGCACAAAAAUGCAUCUACCGAGGACCUUUGGGAGUGUUUGGAGCAAGCAAGUGGGAAGCCUAUUGCUGCAGUGAUGAGUUCCUGGACCAAACAAAUGGGCUUCCCGAUUAUAGUAGUGGUUCAAGAGCAGCAUGGCAGUGACCGCGUGCUGAAAAUCUCUCAGAAGAAGUUCUGUGCCAGUGGACCACGUAAUGAUGAGAACUGCCCUAAUUGGAUGGUUCCCAUCAGCAUCUGCACCAGUGAGGACCCGAGCUGCACCAAGAUGAAGGUUCUGCUGGACCAGCCCGAAACCACAGUUAACAUCACCAACAUCGCACCUGACCAAUGGAUCAAGAUUAAUCCCGGUACCGUGGGAUUCUACAGGAUCCAGUACAGCUCAGCCAUGCUGGAAAGUUUGCUGCCUGGUAUCAGAGACCUCACUCUGCUGCCUGUGGACCGCCUGGGUCUGCAAAAUGACCUCUUCUCUCUGGCUCGAGCAGGUAUGAUCAGUACUGUGGAGGUGUUGAAGGUGAUGGAAGCCUUUGUGAAUGAGCCGAACUACACGGUGUGGAGUGACCUGAGCUGUAAUCUGGGUGUUCUGUCCUCUCUGCUCUCACACACCGACUUCCACGAGGACAUCCAGGAGUUCAUCCGAGAUCUCUUCACCCCUAUCGGCAUGAAGCUGGGCUGGGACAGCAAAAGCGGAGAGGGACAUUUGGACGCCCUGCUGCGGGGUCUGGUGCUGGGGAAGCUGGGUAAAGCGGGGCACAAGGCCACUCUGGAAGAGGCCCGGCGGAGAUUCAAAGAACAUGUGGAGGGUAAACAGAUCCUGCCCGCAGACCUCAGGAGUCCAGUGUACCUAACAGUUCUGAAGCACGGAGACAGCACAACGCUCGACACCAUGCUCAAGCUUCAUAAGCAGGCAGACAUGCAGGAGGAGAAGAACCGCAUCGAGAGAGUGCUGGGAGCCAUUCCCGCCCCUGACCUCAUCCAGAGAGUGCUUAACUUUGCCCUGUCGGAGGAGGUUCGUCCCCAGGACACGGUGUCUGUAAUCGGGGGCGUAGCUGGAAGCAGCAAACAGGGGCGCAAAGCUGCAUGGAAAUUUGUUAAGGACAACUGGGAAGAACUUCAUAACCGUUACCAGGGCGGCUUCCUCAUAUCAAGACUCAUCAAGCUGACAGCAGAUGGGUUUGCAAUAGAUAAAAUGGCUGCUGAAGUUAAGAGUUUCUUUGAAAGUCAUCACGCUCCAGCGGCCGAGCGCACGGUACAGCAGUGCUGCGAGAACAUUCUCCUGAACGCUGCCUGGCUCAAGAGAGACGAAGAAAACAUCCACCAGUACCUGCUGCAGCGGAAAGCACCCCCCGUCUGACCUCUGAACUCUGACCCCUCCCUGACCUGCUCCCUCACUCCAAAAUGAGCAUCAUCUUCAGCAAAAACCGAAACGAUUACAAAACUGCAACUCCAUCUUAAAAUUACCCAAGAGUCAGUACAGAGAAGUGAGACUAGGAAACUGUGAGACUGUGAUUCCCCUAGUACCCCAUUCUGCAAGUGCACUCGAGCAGAGCUGUGACUGAAACACAUGUUAUUUUAUGAGCUGGUAAUGCAUGUACACACAUGGUUUCUCCUCUCUUACAGUCUCCUACAGUGGAAUUAUUACACAAUCAUCUCACUUUCCUUACAUUCACAGAUAGAAAAAAAAAAACAAGCAUGAUGUUGAAUAUCCUUCCGUUUUAAAUUUAAGUUUUCUUUUGUUCUGUACAAAUGACGAUCUCCACCUCUUUUAUUAGUAUUUGGCUGUAUAUGCAUUUUACCCAUAAUCCUCUGUGGCGUGACUGGGCAGAAUGGGGUUUAAAGGUUGGGAUGCACUACUGACUGAACAGACUCUGAAUCCCAUCGUUAGUGACGGUUAGGACUGAAGACGCAUAAGCAUGGUACUGUGUGUAUAUUGUAAACUGCGAGCAUUAGUUCCGAGACCUUCAGUUAAUCUGAAAUGUGAUUAUAUAUACACAAGCGUAUUAUCUCUGAUCUUUGCCCUUGUCUCCUGUACGUCACUGUCACCUUUUCUGCGGCACUUCCAGUGGUUUAUACCUCCAGAACCUGCAAAAGAAAUGAACCCGAUGGCUGUUCAAGAAACAUUUCAUAAGAUGUAUUAAAUGAUUAACUAAUGUUGUUAAAAUCAAAAAUAGCAAUCUAGACUAGUUUGCCCCCCCCCCCAAAAAAAAAUCAUGAUUCAACCUGGUUUCAAACUCAGAGGCCUUAAAUUGGGGAAUGAUUAUUCGCUGACAAGCCGAGACGCAAUGGGCGUAAUCAUUGUUGAACAUCAAACCAGGAGAAUUGAAUAUCAGAUAUGCGCCCAACGCAGGGUUCGUGAUCAUCAAAUUCUGUCUAAAUCUGUCCCUGAAAUGUGCUUUUGUUUUAAAAUACGAUUGAUGUUCAUUAAAGAAGAUGAGAAAAAGAGAAA